GGAUCAGUCCCAGCUAUGGGGUCCAGAGCCCGGACUCCUGGGCUCUCCCUGAAAUCUGAGCCCGGCUCCGGGGGCGGAUCUGGCAGGCUCCUCCCACCAGCUGAUCCGGGCACUAGCCGGGCUGGGUGCGGUGCUUCCGGGUGCGCGGUCGGUGCUGCAGCCAUGAAAACUCCAGGUCCCGCCCUCCGCCCCAGCCCUGCCUCCUGCUGGCUGGAGAACCCUUUCCUGGGGGGCCACAGCCCCCUUCUCCCAGCAUGGGUAGAGGAGACCAGGGCCCGGCUUCUCCGCCCUCUCCCGCCCCCUGCCCCCUGGCUGAGCUCCCUGACCCCCACGCCCUGUCUGGUGUCUGCCCCCAUCUCUACACCCAGCCGGGUGCCCCUUGCCCCUGGAGGUGAGGAUGGGAUCCCGGCCCGCAGCGAGGAGCUGGAGCCGCCCUGGCGGGCCGACGCUGUCCCCGACCCUUCUGGCUCGCUGCCCCAGUACACCCUGUCGGAGCUGCAGGCCGAGCCAAGCCCGGAGCCCCUGGGGCAGAGGGACCCUAGCGCCCAGCAGCCCCCCGGGAAGGGCCCCCAGCAGCACCUGAGAGAGCACAAGCUGGCCCUGGUGAACCUGGUGUGCUGCUCCCUCGUGGAGGGGUCUGAUUUGGGGGCCCCCAGUGGCCCGACGCGUGGGCGCCUGGUGGAGUUGUGCGAGGAGCUGGCCCACCUGGAGCCUGAGUUCAUCCUUAAGGUCGCCCUGUAUACGCGCCAGGAGCUGAACAUCCGGGCAACGGCCAACUUCCUGCUGGCACUGGCGGCCUGGCUGCCGCCCUGCCGGCCCCACCUGCGCCGCUACUUGUGUACCUCCCUGCAGCUGCCCUCCGACUGGACCCAGGUGGUGGCGCUCUUCCAGAGCCUGGCGGGCGCAGGGCGCCCCCUGGCCCCGCUGCCCCGCUGCCUCCGCACCGGCCUGGCAGACAAGUUCCAGCAAUUUGAUGCCUACCAGCUGGCCAAGUACAACUCGCGCAAGAGUCGUGGCAAAGCCAGGGGGCGCCCGCGGUCCCGCCAGCCGGGGAGGGAACUCAGGAGUCCUGUGCUCCGGCCCCAGUGCUGCCAGCCAAUUCUUCCUCCCGGAGCUGCCUCCCAGAGACCUCUGCCCUGGACGAGGAGAUUCCGGCUGCGCCAAGCGUUCGGCAAGCUUCAGACGAAGUUUGAAAGUGGUCAGCCAUCCCAGGAGCCGCGCGAGACGAAGCCCUUCUCCCUGAAGGCGCUGAUCCGAUGGCUGCAUAUCUCCAAGCCGGCCCAGCACGUCAUGAGUCUGCUGGGCUGCAGGUACCCCUCGGACCUAAGCUCCUUCUCCCGGAGCCACCUGCCAGGGCCCUGGGACCCCGCCCGGGCCGGGACCCGAAUGAAACUUCCGCAGCCCCAGACCUGGGACCGACAGCUUAGCCAGCGUGGGAACAAGGCUGCGGUCUGGGAGGAACUGAUCGACUCGGGGAAGUUGCCAUUCAUGGCCAUGCUCAGGAACCUGCGCAACAUCAUCGGGGCUGGGGUGAGUGAGCGGCACCACCGGCAAGUGCUCAGCCAGCUGGAGAACAAGGAGUCCAUCAUCCGCAGCCGGCAGUUCCCCUUCCGGUUCCUGACGGCGAAUAAAGUCAUCCAGGACAUGGAGGAGCAGCUGAAGAAGAAAGACAGCCCUUGCCUCUCUAACGUGGAGCUGCUGCGGGCGCUGCUGAGGCGCGGAAAGAAGCAGCCGGGGGCCCUGCCCGGGGUGCGGGGGCGGCCGUUCUGGAUGCGCCGGGAGCUACGUGCGGCCUUGUCCAUCCCCAUCUUCUUCCGCGCGGUGAAGAGCGAAAAGCAGCGGCUGCAGAAGGCCAGGGAGCUGCGCCCCGACCCCGCCCUCCUGGUCCGCUAUCACUGUGCCCUGGACGCCGCCAUCUGCAUCUCUGCCCGGCACAACCUGCCCCCCCUGCCCGGCCGCACCCUCAUCCUCUGCUGCACCUCCAAUGCCAUGAUGACGCCCUACCACCGGGCCCGGGAGCUGCGCAGCCUCCGCCCGGAGCCCAUGACAGCCCUGGAGGUGGCCCUGUUGCUGGGCCUGAUGGGCCAAGCGGUGGCAGAGCGGGCGCGCCUGGUGCUGUAUGGCCGCGGCCCCUGGGAGGAGGUGCAGGCGCUGGCCGGGUCGCUGCUGGAGAACGUCCAGAGCCUGCACCAGCAGGUCCAGGCCACAAUGGAGCCGAGCAGCGGCUCCAGCACCGUCAGCGACGUCCUCUGGGACCUGGUGGCUCGUGGGGAGCCGGUGGACACCCUGCUCGUGCUAAGCCCCAGCUCAGAGGCCCUCCUGGCCGGCCCUGCCCUGCGGCUGGUGCGGGAUCGUGUUGCCCCCCACUGCCUCUUCGUGAACCUCUGCCUGGAGUCCUGGGGGUGCCAGAGGAGCCCCGCAGACGAGGUGGAGCUGGCUGGGUUCAGUGAGCAGGUGCUCAGGUUCCUGGCCGUGCGCGGCACCUCCCGCCUGCUGGAGCACGUGGGCAGGAUGGACGAGAUCCACGGACUGCCCCCCCCGCUGGGGGCGCCCCGCAGGCACCCAGAGCUUUCCUGCGCCCCUCCUGCCCUGACCCCCGCCCCCCGGAGCAGGUGGCGCAGCAUCCGCGUGUUCAUCUCGUCGCCGGUGCGGGACAUGCAGGGCGAGCGGGACGUGGUGCUCCGGGCUGUGCUGCCCGCCCUGCGCGCCCGUGCCGCCCCCCACCACCUAGCGCUGCAGGAGAUCGACCUGCGCUGGGGCAUCACCGAGCAGGAGGCACGGCAGGAGCGGCAGCUGGAACUGUGCCUCUCAGAGGUGGCUCGGAGCCAGCUCUUCGUGGGCAUUUUGGGGGAGCGUUACGGCUAUGUACCCCGAGAAUACUCCCUGCCGGACACCCCCCAGUACGAGUGGGUGAAGUCGUACCCUCGGGGUCGCUCCAUCACCGAGCUGGAGGUCAUGCAGUUCCUCAGCAGUCGGCGCGACUCUGGUUCUGCUGCCCAGGCGUUCUUCUACCUCCGCGAGCCAGAUUUCCUUGGGUCCGUGCCGGAAGCCUGGAGGGCAGAUUUCGUGGCAGAGUCAGAGGACGCUCAGCACCGGAUGGCAGAUCUGAAGGGGCAUCUGGGCCAGCACCUGGGGGUGGCAUCUGUCAGCAGGUACUCCUGCCAGUGGGGCGGCGUGGCCCAGGGCCGGCCGUAUGUCAAAGGGCUGGAGGAGUUUGGGGCCCGGGUGCUGCAGGAUCUGUGGGGCGCCCUCCAACGUCAGUUCCUCCAGGCUGAGUCGGAGCCCCCUGGGGGCGAGGAGGAGGAGGGGCAAGAGCUGCAAGAUGCCUUCCAGGACUUCCAGCAGCGCCAGUUCUGUGCCCGGGGCAAGCUGCUGGGCGCCGUGGCCGGGCGGGUGCGUGAGGGCCGGCCCCCCCGCCGCGGGGCAGGGGGCGGGCUCUACGUGGUGACGGGUGCGCCUGGUGAUGGCAAGACUGUCUUCAUGGCGGCGCUGACGCGGGAGCUGAGCGCCCAUCCCCCUGCCCGGGACGCCUCCCCCACCCGCUGCCUGGUCGUCUCCCACUUCACCGGGGCCCGGCCGGACCAGGCCAGCGCCAGGGUAGUGCUGAGCCAUCUGUGUGCCCGCCUGAGCCGUCUGCUGGGCCAGACGGCCCAGCCCCCCGCCAGCUACAGGGGGCUGGUGUGCUGUCUGGAGUCUCUCCUGCCCGCGGUGGCCAGGUCGCUCCGGGGAGCCCAGCGCCUGGCCGUGCUGGUUGAUGGGGCUGACCAGAUCCACGGGGACAGUGGGCAGCCCGUCUCCGACUGGCUCCCGGUGCGGCUGCCCCCGCGCGUGAGCCUGGUUCUGAGCAUCGGCGAGGGCUCUGGACUCCUGGAUUCCCUACAGCGACGGGCGGACACAGUCAUCAUCCCCCUGGGGUCCCUGGACCCCUGCGACCGGGCUGGGCUGGUCCGCCGGGACCUCGCCCUGUACGGCAAGAAGCUGGAGGAGACGGCCUUCAACAACCAGAUGCGGCUGGUGCUACUGAAGCGCGGUGCCCGGCAGCCCCUCUACCUGGCGCUGCUCACCCAGGAUCUGCGAGCCUUCACCGUCUAUGAAAAGGUCUCGGAGAGGAUCCAGACGCUGCCCCCAGCGCUACCUGCCCUGCUCCAGCACAUGUUGGGCUGCCUGGAGCAGGAGCACGGGGCCGAGCCAGUGACCAUAGCCGUCGCCGCCCUCUGGGCCAGCAAAGACGGCCUGCUGGAGCGUGAUCUCCUCGCUGUGCUCACCAUGUGGAUGGAGCUGGGCGGGGCGCCUGUCACCUGGGAGAGAGGCAUAGCUGCUGGGGGCCGCGCAGCGACCAUCCCCAAGGCCCCGAUCUAUUCCCUGAUGAGGAGCCUGAGGGGACUGGCGGGGGUGUGUGGGGCCCCCUCGGAGGCCCCUGGCUCGCGGCUCCACCUCUGCGGUGCCCCCCUGCGGACGGCGGUGGAACGGCGCUACCUGAAGGAACCGGGCCUGGAGCGAGCGGUUCACACUCUGAUAGCAGCUCAUCUCUGGAAACUCUGCGACCCGGACGUGUCCCGGAGCUUCCAGGGCAGCGAGGCUGGGCCCCUGGCGGCUCUGCCCUACCACCUGGUCUGCGCUGGACGCCCCGACCUCCUGGGCUCCCUUCUGACGGACCUGCGCUUCGUGGCUGCCCACGUCCGCCUGGGGCUGCUGCCUGUGCUGGGCCAGGCCUAUGCCCUGCACGCGGGCAGCGCCCAGCCCCCGGGCGAGGUGGGCGCGUUCCGGGCGAUGGUGCAGGCAGGCGCAGCACUGCUUUCUGAGAACCCAUCCCUCCUGGCCCAGCUGGCAGCCAACGCGCCUGAUGGCUCCUCGCUGGGCGCCCAAGCCCAGGCCCUGGCCCCCACGGAGGGGCGCCUGCUGCUCUGGCGCAACAAGGCCCAGGACGCCCCUCACCCUGACAGCGUCUCCCUGGCCCUGCCCACGUCCCCCACCUGUGUGGCCAUUUCCCCCUGCGGGCGCCAGGCUGCCGUGGGCAGCACCGAUGGGACCCUGCACCUCCUGGACAUGCAGAGUGGCCAGGAGCUGAAGACCCUGCUGAGCGGUGGCGCUGGAAUCUCGGCCUGCGUUUUCCUGGCUGAUGGGACCGUCUGCCUGGGCACCUCCGCUGGGGGACUGGAGACCUGGGGCCUGCAUGAGGGCAGCAGGCUCCUGGCUACUGAUGCUCACCAGGGCCAGGUCACAGGCUGCUGCGUCAGCCCUGAUCGCAGACAGCUGGCCAGCGUCUCCCUGGAUGGGCACCUGAAGUGGCUCCCCCUGCAGGUUCUCUCAGGCCAUGACACUUCUGUCCGCGCCGUGUCCUUCUCCCCUGCGGGCACCAUGCUGGCGUCCGGCUCCCUGUCCGGGACAGUGCAUCUUUGGUCCUGGCGGGAGGUCGUGAGCCUGGCCACAUUCCCAGCACACCAGGGCUUCGUCUCCGAGGUCAAGUUUCUUUCCGGGGGCCAGGUCCUCCUCACGGCAGGCGAGGACUCGAAGGUCCAGCUCUGGCCAGGGCACCUGGGCCAUGCCCGGGGCGCUCUGGGCUCAGGGCCGCUUUCUCCAGCCCUCUGCGUGGCCCCCAACCCCGCCGGCACCCUACUCGCUGUGGGGCACCAUUCAGAUGAUGUUUGGGUCUACGGCACCCCCUGGGGCUCGGCUGGGUGGCGCUGCCCAGUAGGGGGUGUGGCGGUGCCCAGCCUGGCUUGGCUCGGGGAUGCUGUGCUGGCUGGAGGCAGCAGGGACGGGACCCUGCGUGGGUGGGCACUGGCGAGCAGCUUGGCCUGCCCCCUGUGGGAGCUGCGGGGGCACAAGGGGGCCGUGCUGGGCCUGGCCGUCUCGUCCCAGCUGCUGGCGUCUGCCUCAGAGGAUUUCACCAUCUGCCUGUGGCUGGCCGAGACACUGAGACAGGCCCUCCCGGACCCUUCCCCAGCCCCCCUGGCCGUCCUGCAGGGCCAUGCGGCCGCUGUCACCUGCUGCGCCUUCAGCCCCGAUGGCCGGCACCUUGCCACGGGGGGCAGGGACAAGACCCUGUUGUGCUGGGACGUGGGGGGCCCCACACCGGGAGCCCCCCCCAUCUGGCGCUCGCUCCCCUUCUGCCACCGCGACUGGCUCAGCGGCUGCGUUUGGGUCGGGCCCCUGCUGCUGUCCUGCUCCAGUGAUGGCACCGUGCGGCUCUGGGACCCGGCAACCGGCCAGCGGCUACGCGAGUUCCUACCCCACUGCGGCCCCGUCAGUGCUGUCCUGGCCAUGGCCGGGCGCGUGCUGGCGGUGGGCCGCGAUGGGACACUGGCAGCAUGGGACAUGCUGGGCGUGGAGCUGACCCGCUUCCCGGCGCACCCCGGGCUGGUGAACCAGGGCGCUGGUUUCGUGGGAGCAGUGCCCAUCUCUCCGUGUCGCUCUUCUCCUGCAUACGGCGAUUUUGUGGUGGCCACGGCUGGAUCCAGGAGAGAAACCCCACUGCUCUCCCAGAGCAGGGGAGAGAACCCAGGAGUCCUGGCUCCCAGUGCCCCCUGCUCUAACCCACCAGAUCCCACUCCUCUCCCAGAGCAGGGGAGAGAACCCAGGAGUCUUGACUCCCAACCUGUCUCUCUCCUGGCAGGAUGUGCCAAGGGUCCCGGCUGGCACCGUGGGGCCAUCUCUGCCCUUGCCUGGUCUCCCGACGGGACGCUGGCGGUGUCAGGCGGGGAGUGUGGGGAGCUGAUUGUGUGGGGGGAGGCCAAGGCCCUGGCCACGGUGCAGGCCAGCUCGCGCAGUGUCUGUGCUCUCGGCUUCGCCUCCUCCUGCAGCCUCCUGGUGGCGCCGGCGGCUGGGAGCAUCUGGCUGUGGGGCCUGCAUGGCGACCCCAAUACCGGGGCCCUCAGCCUGGAGCGUGAGCGCCCCCUGGGGGAGGUGGCAGCUCCCGUUACCUGCAUGGGGCCAGCCGGGGCCCCCGGCUCCCUGGUCCUGGGACUGGCGAACGGGGAGGUGCUGCUGUUCAGAGUCCACCAGACGGUGCUGAAGCCCCUCUGCUUAGUCAGCCCGGACGCCUGGGUUCCAGACCCCCCUGAGUACCUGUUUGAUGUGGCUGUGACCCCAGAUGGGCGGCUUCUUCUGUGGAAGGGGGUGAAAGAACCCACCCUGUACGAACUGAGGGUGGGGGAGUCGGAGGAACUGGAGAAAUCCCGGGAGGCCAAGAUCCGCCUCUGGGAGCGGGAUGAGGACGCCGAUUCCAGCUGGUUCAGCAGGGCCUGGCUCAGCCCCGAUUCAUCCCUGCUCCUCGCCGGCUCUGACGGGAUGCUCUGGACUCGGGCUCAGUGGAGCGAGGAGGAGGAUGCAGCCGAGUCCUGGAGCAGCAAGAGGUGGCAGCAGCAGCGGAUCCACAGUUCCAAGGUCACUGCGCUGCACAGCUGCGGGGACGUGCUGGUGACGGCAGCGCUGGAUGGAGACGUCAAGAUCUGGAAGCACGCCACGGGGAGACUGCUGGGGCAGUUCCGUUGCGCUGCUCCUGUCUCCUGCCUGCAAGCCCGGCCUGGUCCAGCCUCCCAGCUGCUCUUGGCCGUGGGCGACAUCCUGGGCAACGUCUAUUUCCUGGAGUGGGCCUGUCUGCGGGGGGACGACGCUGAACCCUGACCCAUGUGAGCGGAGAUGACACAAUAAAGCCGCCCGCUGAGCUGCAAA